AUGCCCGGCCUCUACUGCCCCUCCAGCUGGACCCCGCUACCCCUCACCGACUCCUGGGUCCGGGCCUGCGCCAACGGACCCUGCCUCAGCCUGCGGGCUCGGCUCACCUACCACAACCCGCAACCGCAGCCAGUGGACGGCGUGUUCGUGUACCCGCUGGCGGAGGCCGAAGUAGUAUCAGGCUUCGAGGCCGAGGCGGCCGGACGGCGCGUCUCCUUCCAGCUGCAGAGCCGGCGCCGUUUGCAGGCUGCCUGCUGCCGCGCGCUGGGCCCAGGGUUGGGGACCUCCACGCCCCGCCGCUGCGCGCAGGGUCAUCUUGUCUUGGAUCUGGCCCAGGCCCGGUCCACGUUGGUGCUGCCCACGGGCCUUAUCGCUGCAGCUGGCACCAUGACAGUGACCCUGUGCAGCAGCCGGGAGCUGCCCUCCAGGCCUGAUGGGGUACUGCGUGUGGCUCUGCCCACUGUGCUCACCCCGCUGGCCCCACCAGGCCCACCAGGGCCCCCCAGGCCUCCGGGGCUCUGUGACGACAGCCCCACGAGCUGCUUCGGGGCAGGCAGCCCUGAGGAGGAAGGGCUGGCCUGGGAGGAGCCACCUGCCCCUCCAGACGUGUUUUCAGGCCCUGCCCGCUGUCCUGCCCCAUAUACUUUCUCCUUCGAGAUGCUGGUGACUGGGCCAUGCCUGCUGGCAGGCCUGGACAGCCCCUCUCAUGCCCUGCGGGCAGAUGCCCCCCCUCAUGCCAGCUCUGCAGCCACCAUCUGUGUCACACUGGCAGAGGGUCACUUAUGUGACCGGCCCUUGGAGAUCCUGCUAUACCCCAGUGAGCCCCAUCAACCACACUUGAUACUGGAGGCUGGCAGCCUGAGUGCAUCAGAAUAUGAGGCCCAGGUGAGGGCCCGCCGGGAUUUCCAGAGGCUGCAGCGAAGGGACAGUGAUGGGGACCGGCAGGUGUGGUUCCUGCAGCGACGUUUCCAUAAGGACAUCUUGCUGAACCCUGUGCUGGUACUGAGUUUCUGCCCGGAUCUGAGCUCCAGGCCUGGACACCUGGGCACAGCUACCAGGGAGCUUCUCUUUCUGUUGGAUGGCAGCAGCGCAGCACACAAGGAUGCCAUUGUUUUGGCUGUGAAGUCCCUCCCAACUCAGACACUUGUCAACCUGGCCAUGUUUGGGACUUCGGUGCAGCCACUCUUCCCAGAGAGCCGGUCUUGCAGCGAUGACACUGUGCAGCUGAUCUGUGAGAGCAUUGAGACCCUGCAGGCUGGGAGUGGUCCACCAGAUAUACUGGCUGCACUGGACUGGGCCUUGGGGCAGCCCCAGCAGAAGGCCCAUCCUCGCCAGCUGUUCCUGCUCACUGCUGCCUCGCCCAUGGCUGUCACUACUCACCAAACCAUGGAGCUCAUGAGGUGGCACAGAGGGGCAACCAGGUGCUUCUCCUUUGGGCUGGGGCCUGAUUGCCACCAGCUGCUCCAGGGUCUGUCUGCCCUCAGCAGAGGCCAGGCCUACUUCCUGAGGCCUGGAGAGAGGCUGCAGCCCAUGCUGGUGCAGGCUCUGCGGAAGGCACUGGAGCCUGCUUUGAGUGACAUUUCUGUGGACUGGUUUGUGCCUGAUGCCGUGGAGGCUCUCCUGACUCCCAGGGAAAUCCCAGCACUCUACCCUGGGGACCAGCUGCUUGGUUACUGCUCACUCUUCAGGGUGGAUGGCUUCCGGCCCCACCCUCCAGGGUGCCAAGAGCCUGGCUGGCAGAGCUUGGGUGGUUCUGUGUUCCCAUCCCCAGAGGAGGCACCAUCUGUUGCCACCCCUGGCACUGAGCCCACUGGCACCUCAGAGCCACUGGAAACACGCACUGUGUCAGCAGAGCUGUCCAGUCCAUGGGCUGCUGGGGACUCAGAUCAGAGUACUGAUGCUCUGACAGACCCAGUCACAGAUCCUGGACCCAAUCCGUCCAAUGACACAGCCAUAUGGCGCCGCAUCUUCCAGUCUUCAUACAUCCGGGAACAGUAUGUGCUUACCCACUGCUCUGCCAGCCCUGAGCCAGGCCCGGGUUCCACAGGCAGCAGUGAGUCUCCUGGCUCCCAGGGCCCUGGCUCCCCMGAGGGCUAUUUUCCCUUGGAUCCUCCCUCUCAGCAGGGCUGCCGCAGCCUGGCCUGGGGAGAAUCUACAGGCUCCCAUUCCUGCCCGCUGCCUGCACCACCACAGUCUCCAUUCAAGGCAGGAGCCCUGAGUGCUGAGGUGCUGGGCCGUAGGCAUAGAGCAGCUCUGGCUGGCCGAAGUCUCUCAUCUCCACCAGGCCGGGCAAACCCAGUCCCUUGCCGACCCCGGCAACCUUCUCUGGGUGCAGUACCAGAUGUGCCAGGCCCUGAGUCAGGCCAACAGCUUGGGCAGGGCCUGGACGACUCAGGAAACCUGCUCUCCCCAGCCCCCAUGGACUGGGACAUGUUGAUGGAACCACCCUUCUUGUUCACAGCUGUGCCCCCAAAUAGGGAACCAACCCCUCCAGCAGUUCCAGUGCCUCCCCAGGCUCCACGUUGCCAUGUGGUGAUCCGGGGCCUGUAUGGGGAGCAACCAAUGUGCUGGGAGGUGGGUGUUGGGCUGGAGACACUGUGGGGACCUGGGGAUGCCUCAAAGCCUCCAUCAACUGCUGUAAGAGAAGCUGCUUGGGACCAAGCACUUCACCGACUGACAGCAGCCUCAGUGGUCCGAGACAAUGAACAGCUAGCGCUCCGAGGAGCUGAGACCACAGCUGACCGGGGCCACGCCCGAAAGUCCUGGCUUCGAGCCCUUCAGACAAGCAAGGUCAGCUGUGCUCCCUCCUGUUUCACCUGCCCAGUAGCUGUGGAUGCUACUACUAGGGAGGUCCUGCCCGGAGUCCUACAGGUUUGGAGCUCAGAAUCGGCUGAACCCCCAGGCACUUACGUCUCUCAGGGCCAUCUAGAUGCAACUUCUCUGUCCACUGCAGCCCACCCUAAAGGCACCUGGGACCUGGACCAAAAUGACAACUCCAAGUCAGCUUUGGGGGAGCCAACAACUCCCACUGGAGGUCCUCACCACCUGCCCUAUCAGCCUUCCUCGAGGCUCAGUCUGAGCCGCCGACGGAGACUCUGUAGUCCCAAGGCUGGCCAGGCCAAUGGAAGCAACAGUGGAGGCAUCGACCACRACUACAUGCCCUUGGUGCGGCUACAAGAAGCACCAGGCUCCUUCCGUCUGGAUGCAUCCUUCUGUGCUGCUGUGCAUAUUCCCCAGGAGCGCCUGUGUCGUGCUUCACCCUUUGCUGCGCACCGUGCCAGCCUCAGCCCCACCUCUGCCUCAUCUCCCUGGGCACUUCUGGGCCCUAGUGUUGGCCAGGGUGACAGUGCCACAGCCUCUUGUAGCCCGUCCCCCAGCUCAGGCUCAGAGGGUCCAGGCCAGGCAGACAGUGGGCGGGGUUCAGAUACCGAGGCUUCGGAAGGGGCGGAAGGGAUAGGAGGCUCAGAUCUUCGGGAUCGCACCUGGGCCACAGCUGUGGCACUUGCGUGGCUGGAGCACCGCUGUGCGGCUGCCUUCAGUGAAUGGGAACUGACAGCAGCCAAGGCAGAUUGCUGGCUGCGGGCCCAGCACCUGCCUGAUGGUCUUGACCUGGCCGCCCUCAAGGCUGCAGCCAGGGGACUCUUCCUGCUGCUACGCCACUGGGACCAGAACCUGCAGCUGCACCUGCUGUGCUACAGCCCAGCAAAUGUGUGA